UAGAGACAUGUGAAUCCUCCAUCACGCGUGUCGCACACACCCAAGCGCAGAGAAAUAGAAAAUUUAGAGGUCUACUGUGUGAAAGAGGAAUAAAUUUUCAACAGCAUAAUAGCGACGCAUGCGCGAAAUCUCGGCGGGCUUUAACACAUUCUACACAGUCAUAACGAAUAUAAGCGCUCUGCUCUUUCAUGUUUCUCCCGCGCGUUUUACUGCAUAUAUUUUGAUGUAACUUGAUACGAAAUAACUUGAGACGAGUUCAUUUACUCAAGGAACGAGGAUUGAUGUGUGGCAGCCACGAGUUGGACGUUUGAUCAAAUUUUAUAACUUUUGAAUACGCGGGAAAUUGUUUAUUCAAAUUCGUCCUCUGAUCCAGGCAAUUACUUUAAGGAAUUGCUCGAUAAUGGCUACUCAUCUUAAACAGCUGGAAUUAUUAUAUACACCACGGCGUGCUCAAAAAUGUCUCUUUGCAUCUGAUGGUAAUUCUUGCAAGAAGAACUUAUCCCGAGACUUAAGUUACAACAAAGAUAUCGAAGCAACUUCAGGAGAAGAUUCAGACUUGGGACCCAUGUCACCCCUAGCCCUGACCGAUCGAAGCCCAAAUAGCUGUGGAAGUUCUCCGGGCAGAGAGUUUGUUUCUCCACUAGCCACUCCUGAGAAAUCGCCUUCCUUACCUAUGGCAUCCUGGGAUCGUUUAAUAUCAUACAGACGUAAUACAGAAGACUAUACAUCACUGUUCAACUCACUCAAGAAGCUCAGCAGAGAGGCUAGAUACUCUCCAAGGUGUAAUACAAUAACUAACCAAAGUUUUCCCAGAUCUAUGUCGCCUUCUCCAGUGAAAGAAACGUCGGCAUCGUCAACACCAUCAACACCCAAAUGUUCAGAGGUAGAUGCGAUGGCCGACGAGAUAAUCCCGGAAACGCCUCAGCGCAGCUGUGCCACUGACAUUCAAAAUCAGAGCAUCACGGAGACACCCCGAAAGAGUGGAACUCCCAGUCCGCACAGAUUGAUCACGCCCUUGGGCUCCAUAACGAAAUCAGCGUUGUUGCCGAAGUUGCACAGACGGAAAUCUCUCGGCACGUUCGAAGCGAAUGAGAACUUCUCUCCUGAGCAAAAAGAGAAGACGUUGAAGAGACACGCGCGCGAUCAACUGUUGAUGACUCCGGCGAAACUCUUCAAGGCGGACGACUCUUCGGCACCUCGAGCGCGCGCGGCGUUAUUUCAAGAGAAGAAAACCGAGGCUCCCGUGAACAAUAUCUCCUUGAGCACGAAAAUGUUCUACAGCAGUGGCAAAAAGUCCGAGCGACCUUUCGUCGUCAACAGUCUUAAAAAUAACGACGUUAAAAGAAGACGAAGCUUACCAAUACAGAGUAGCAGCAGCAGCAGAUGCUCGUUGAAGAAGCAGAGAUUCGGCAUGAUAAACGCCGGUGUGUUUCACGGCAUCAAGAAGCCGAAGACUAAGGUGAAUCUAAAGGUAUUGAAGAAAGAGGGCCAGCAAGUUACUCAAAGCCCCGCAGAGUCAAACGAGAACAAAGAGAACAAGAAUCCGCUCGUGGAACAAGCUCUGCCGAUGGAAGCAAACGCGACCACGGAGAGAACCUCUUCGCCGGAAAUCGACGAGAGCAGACGCUUUUUCAAGACUAUCAAGCCAAGCCAAACUGCUACGGUGACGGUGAACAAGAGAAUCAAGUUGAAGAUCGCAGACGGUAAGAUCUUGUUGAACCAGAAACACGGUUUCUAUUCGACAAAUGCGUGCAACAAGCAGCGAGCGAAAGCCAAGGAUGUCUCUUGCGACGCCACUGAUCUCACCGUGGACGAGCCGAGUGUCGAAACUACGUUGGAGGGAAACAAGGUCGCCAACAUCUUGAAGAUAUUGGAGGACGACUGGGCGAAUGAUGAUUACGACACGAUGGAGACGUUGACCGUCAAUACAAACACCGUGUCGUCGCCGACGACAACGUUAGCGCAGGAUGCGAUCAUGUCUCCGGCAAGUGAGCUCAGUAACAUGACUUCGACGAUGAACAUCAGGGAUGUUACCUCCUUGACGAGCUUUGGCAGUCUGUCGCUCAGCAACACGAACAACAACCCCGCGAAAGUUGACCAGGAGUCCGAGGAGAAAUACUACCCGUUGUUUACUAAAAGAUACGCUGCACCUUCGGCUGACUUCUCCAAGGAAACAGGAAAGAUCAACAAAUCGACGAGAGAGAAGAGGAACACGCAGUGGCAGCUGUCCGUGAAAAAUGGACAGGAUCAGUAUCAGCUAGACGCUGGUCAGAAACACUUUGGUGCUACUCAGUGCCCAGAGUGCAACAUUGUGUAUCAAUUGGGCGACGCAGAAGACGAGAACGCCCACUUGAAUUACCACAAUAGCAUACGUACUUUGAAGUUUCAAGGAUGGAAAAAUGAACGCGUCAUGAUGGAGAAUUCCUUCACGGGAAGCAGAAUAAUUCUGGUAGAAUCGCACGAUCCGAAACAAUAUUGGAAGAAAGUGUCGGAGAUUCUGGCGGUUGUGGACAGAGAUCUAGGACUGGCGGAUAUGAAGCUGUGCGUUUAUGAGAACAAGAAGGUCUAUCUGUACAUACGCGAAAAGAGUGUCCUCGGAGUGUUGGUGGCGGAGCAUAUCAAGACGGCGCAUCGUAUGAUUCCCGAGCUGAUCGAGCUGGACUGUUGCACCGCCGAAAGUACGCCUGCGAAGUGCGGCAUAAACGUAGUUUGGACCGCGAUGAGCCAUCGUAAGCAGGGCAUAGCUACCAGACUCGUCAACACUUUGAGAGCCAAAUUUUUCUACGGUUACGUGAUGUCACUGGAUGAUAUAGCGUUUUCGACACCAUCCCUGAGUGGCAAGAUCUUCGCCGAGAAAUACACGAAAACUCGGAAUUUUAAGGUUUACAGCUAAAUCGCAAGCUCCUACAUAUUUGUGCGUUUUCAAUUUUCUCUCAUUUUAUACUUUUUAUAUAAAAGACUUCUUGUUAUAAGAUUAAUAUAUAUAU